ACCAGAAACAAGUUUAGGGUUUUUGCGGAGGUUUCAAAGUUAACAAUGGCGGAAGAACACAAGCACGAAGAAUCAAUCAUGGAGAAGAUAGCUGAGAAGAUCCAUGGUCACGAUGACGGCUCGUCUUCGUCUUCUUCCGAUUCAGAUGACGAUAAGAAAUCUGCGUCUCUCAAAACGAAGAUUUAUCGUCUUUUCGGAAGAGAACAGCCUCUUCACAAGGUUUUUGGCGGCGGAAAACCUGCCGACAUUUUCCUGUGGAGGAACAAGAAGGUAUCAGGAGGAGUGUUGGGUGCUGCAACUGUUUCCUGGAUCUUAUUUGAGUUACUUGAAUACAAUCUCCUUACUCUUUUUGGCCACAUUUCAAUUCUUGCUCUUGCAGUAUUGUUUUUGUGGUCUAGUGCUACUACCUUCAUUCACAAGUCACCUCCUCAUAUCCCUGAAGUUCACAUCCCUGAGGAAGUUGUUCUCCAGCUUGCUUCUGGAUUAAGGAUUGAGAUCAACCGUGGAUUUACUGUUCUUAGGGAAAUUGCAUCAGGAAGAGAUCUCAAGAAGUUUCUUUUGGUGAUUGCUGGUUUAUGGGUUUUGUCCAAACUUGGUAGCUCCUGCAACUUCUUGACCUUAAUCUACAUCGCAACUGUUUUUCUCUUCACGAUUCCCGUGCUUUACGAGAAGUACGAAGAUAAAGUAGAUGACUUUGGUGAAAAGGCGAUGAGGGAGAUCAAGAAGCAAUACGUGGAGUUCGAUGUGAAGGUUUUGAGUAAGGUGAUGAGCAAAAUCCCUAAAGGAGCCUUUUACAAGAAGAAAGAUUAGAGAGUGUGUAAGUUUCUCUCAUCAUCAUUAUCAUCUGAGAUUCUUCCAGGUUGAUAUAUAAAUCUCGAAGCAUUGUUUUUUUGGCUGUUGGUUAAUAACCCUUUAUUCUCUUAAAUCUCUGCUAUGUGGAUUUUAUUCGGGUUUUAACCAAAUUUUAUAGCAUAUUGAAUUUGAAUGAACUAUGAAUUGAUCC